CCCCCGGGGCCGGCCCGGCCGGCGGCUGCGCACUGCGGUUCUGCGCUCUCAUCAUGGCGGCGCGGGGCCAUGUGCAGGACCCCAACGACCGGCGCCUGCGGCCCAUCUACGAUUAUCUUGAUAAUGGCAAUAAUAAAAUGGCAAUCCAGCAAGCAGAUAAACUGCUCAAAAAACACAAGGAUCUUCACUGUGCAAAGGUUUUAAAGGCAAUCGGCUUGCAGAGAACUGGCAAGCAAGAUGAAGCUUAUGCUCUGGCACAAGAAGUAGCAGCACUUGAACCCACAGAUGAUAAUUCCUUGCAAGCACUAACAAUUCUUUACCGGGAGAUGCACAGACCGGAACUGGUAACUAAACUUUAUGAGGCAGCUGUAAAGAAGGUUCCCAACAGUGAGGAGUAUCACUCUCAUCUCUUCAUGGCCUAUGCCCGGGUUGGAGAGUACAAGAAGAUGCAACAGGCUGGAAUGGCACUUUAUAAGAUUGUACCCAAAAAUCCAUACUAUUUUUGGUCUGUGAUGAGCUUGAUUAUGCAGUCUAUUUCAGCACAGGAUGAAAACCUCUCCAAGACAAUGUUUUUGCCACUGGCUGAGAGGAUGGUGGAAAAGAUGGUGAAAGAGGAUAAGAUUGAAGCUGAGGCUGAAGUGGAACUGUACUACAUGAUUCUGGAACGCCUGGAGAAGUAUAAGGAAGCCUUGGAUGUCGUGAGAGGAAAGCUUGGGGAGAAGCUGACAAGUGAGCUCCAAAGCCGUGAGAACAAGUGUAUGGCAAUGUACAAGAAGCUGUGUAGGUGGCCAGAGUGCAAUGCGCUGUCGAGAAGGCUGCUGCUGAAAAACUCAGAUGAUUGGCAGUUUUAUAUAACUUACUUUGAUUCAGUGUUUCAACUCAUUGAUGAAUCCUGGACACCGCCACCAGAAGGAGAACACUCUUUGGAAGGAGAGGUGCACUAUUCUAUAGAGCAAGCUGUGAAAUUUAUAGAGGAGAGGAUUACAGAAGAAUCCAAGAGCUCUCGGCCACUCCGGGGACCAUACUUGGCUAAACUGGAGCUGAUCAGACGCCUGCGGCACCGGGGUUGUAAUGAUGAACAUAAACUGGGUGAUCCAGAAGAACUAAUGUUUCAAUACUUCAGAAAGUUUGGGGACAAACCCUGCUGUUUUACUGAUCUCAGAGUGUUUGUGGAUCUCCUCCCAUCCAGCCAGUACUCAAAGUUCAUCAGUCAGCUGCUGGAAGUAAUCCCUCUGUCGGUGACAGCUGAGAGUGACAUCCCUCUGCCAGGGGACAUCAAAGCCCUGCAGCAGCACUUGUGUGUGGUGCAGCUCUCCAGGUUGCUGGGGAUCUAUCACGCUAUGGAUAAGAAGGAAAAGCUGAGUGUGGUCCGGGAGCUGAUGUUCAGAUACCGCCAUGGAUUGGACUUUGGGAAAGCUUGUUUGAAAACUGAAUUGCAGUUUUCAGAUUAUUACUGCCUGCUUGCAGUUCACCUGCUGCUUGACCUGUGGCUAGAAGGUGAAGAGAUGGCUGUAUGGCAGUGCCUAACUCUCUUAGAAGAGGGGUUAUCUCAUAGUCCUUCUAAUGCUCAGUUUAAAUUGCUGCUCAUUCGAAUCUACUGCAGGCUUGGUGCAUUUGAACCUGUUGCAGAGCUCUAUUCCAGUCUUGAUGCAAAGCACAUACAGCAUGACACCAUCGGCUAUCUCCUGACACGCUAUGCAGAGGCACUGGGCCAUUACGCUGCUGCAUCCCAAUCCUGCAAUUUUGCACUCAGGUUUUUCCACUCCAACCAGAAAGAUACCUCAGAAUAUAUCAUUCAAGCCUACAAGUAUGGUGCAUUUGAGAAGAUUCCAGAAUUCAUUGCAUUUAGAAAUAGGCUGAACUCUUCCCUUCACUUUGCCCAAGUUCGCAUGGAGCGGAUGUUGUUAGACCUCUUACUUGAAGCAAAUAUAUCAACCAGUUUAGAAGAAAGUAUAAAGUCCAUGAGUCUGAGCCCAGAGGAGGAUGACAUUCCAUGGAAGGAUUUGCGUGACAACAGAGACCUGACAGUCUUGUUUAACUGGGAUCCAAAAGACAGGGACAUUUCUGAAGAACAUAGGAAACUCUCACUGGAGGAAGAAACCAUGUGGUUGCGAAUCCGGUCUUUAACUUUAAGGCUAGUGAGUGGACUCCCAACUCUUAGUCACACAAUCCAACCAAAGAACUCUGAAAAGACUGCAGAGAACGGCGUCUCAUCCAAGAUCGAUACAAUUCGAUCCCUGCUUCAGCAACUGGAAGCGGCAGUGGAUUCAGGGAAGAAGUUUCUAGAACAAAAAAUUCAGUAUCCUGUCCUUGGCCCUCCUCCUACCCGAAUGGCUGGCUUCUUCAGUAAUGGCAGCUGUCAAUGCCAGACUAGCUUGUUUUAUCUUGUUAGUGAUAUUUAUGAACUAGAUACCAAUGGCUUAGAAGAUUCAGCAGAAAUCCAGGAGAGGAUAGGGAAUAGUUUCAAGUCUUUAAUAGAACGACUAACAGACUUGUUCAAUAAAUGUAAAGGUGAUUUGAUUGAAGUCACAGAUGGCACCUUGAAAACUCAUCCAAACCUGUUAGAAAACCUGGUCUUCUUUGUUGAGACGAUCUCCAUUGCCUUGUGGGUAUCAAGUUACUGUGACAGCGUCCUCCGACCUUUUAAAUCCAACCUGCAAAAAAAGAAGAAGAAAAAAAAAGAAAGCAGUGUAGCUAUGCCACCUGUAUUUACACAUUUUCUGGAUUAUGUUAAUGAACUACAGACAUUAACUUCCAAUGUAAUAGAUCACAUCAAAGGGCUUGAAAUCAUUCUGACUGCACUAAAACUUGAAGAGCUGUCCCUCAAGGACACUCUGCAUUUACAGGAAGAAGAAAAGUUUACAAAGACUGUGCAAGGGAAGGUCCAGAGCAGUUACCAUCACUCAGUUCAGGAAAUUGGAGAGCUGCUGAAAAAGAGACUCGAUACCAUUAAAAAACUAAAGAUUUGAGAAAUGCAUCCUUGACAGACUCCACAGGGGAGUAACACCAGAGUCCCAGACAGAAGCAACAUCCAAUUUACCAUCACUUUAAUCCAGAACUUCCUCAUAAUGCAUGAAGGACUUAAAAUCAUAAAACAAUUUUUUUAGGUAUUACAGAUGUAUUGAGCUGAUUUAAAUUAUUGUACAUAAAUGAGAAGCAGGGACCCUCACCAGGGUUUGACCACUUUUUAUACAUGUUCAUAAGCAUAUUGCAACAGGAGAAAAUUAACUUUCUUCCCUUUUGAUCUCUAGAAACAACUGGAGAUGGUCUUUAGAAGCAGCAAUAGAAAUCCAGUGUAAAGCAUAUAUCUCAAAGGAGUUGUAUUUUCAUCACCAUACAGUGUUUAUAAUUUUUGUAUGGUCUUUGCCUUAGAAAUGCAGAAAUUGUAGUUGCCCGCAUCCAGCCACCUCCAAGGAAACGAGCCCGUUCCAGAGCUGCUGAUUUUGUCCACAAGCCACUUGGUCCUGCUGAACUUUUUGGGUGGGGAGAGGUGAGGCUGUGCUGGAAGAACACACCACACACACACAGACACACCUCUGGGUACAGCCCUCAGCAGAGCCCAGCCCUCCCUGGCAGGUUGGGAGAAUGAGGUGCUGGGAGGAGGGGGCAGGUUGCUCUGAGGAGGGCAGAGGUGGUGUCAGUGUACACACAGGCUGGUUUCACAUUUGGAAAAAAAACUGCAAACCUGAUGAGGAACAAACUUGGCUGUUAAGCUUUAGACAGAGAUGGGAAUCAGUGUUUCAGAAAAAAAAAAAAAAAAGACAAAGCCAGAGACCUUGUAUAUAGUAGCUGCAGUGAAGUCUGACACUGUGGUCUGAUUUCAUGUCAGUUUAAUGUAAAACAGCAAUCAUGACUUUUAAAAAGUGUAUUUAGAUUACUGAAACUUUAAGACUUAAAUAUUUUAAUAGAAAUUAAAUCCUAUUGGCUUUGGUUUUAAGUUGGCAGUGGUAACUUUUGCUUUCGCUGUGGUAUGAGGCUGAGAAUACUUUUUGUAACUUGUAUGCUUGCUUUUUGCAGUUGAUCUUUGAUUAUUCAAGUACUAGCUCCUUAGGUGUUCUGUUAGUGCAAUUGCAUCAUCUGCUCCUUCUGAAUCUGCAUUUCUGCUGUUGUUUUUUUUUUUCUUUUUCAUUUUAAAGGAGCAAUGCAGCCUAAAAUUGGUAGGUGAAGAAAUGACAUGUACCUGCAGUACACGAGAUAGGUCAGACUACAGUUUCCUCAUCUUCUGAUUUAAAGCAGCUAGUGUCUGAAGUCUAUAUUUAAAGAGAGCUGACAAUCCUAUCUUUGUCAUCUCUUCUGAGUAUGUUUUGUUAGUAAUGCUAGAAUGUUGAUAAGAGUAUUUUUUUAAAAUAAAUCCCCAGUGUAAAAAAAAAAAAAAAAAAAACCACCAAAAAAACACCACCACCACAUUGCUGCUCUUCCUGGAUUUAGUUUUGCUUUGCCCCAUCCUGAAAGGGAAAGAAGAAUGUCUGCAGGUAGUCAGAAUUGUAAUGGAUGUCCUGAUUAUUUAAUUGCAAUGUCUGGUAAGUGCUCUGGGUUGGAGGAAUACCAAAAUGUGUUAAGUCUGUUUUAUAGUAAUAUUUUUCCUUAAAAAAAAAAAAAAAACAAAACAACCAAGCAAACCACAACUGAACUCUUAUCUGUUGUAUAGAAGCACCUUUUGGGAAGGAAGGGUGUGCUCCUAAAUUAAAGCAAGACUGCUGACUGAAGUUGAUGCUUUGAAGUGUGUAGGGUAAGUGAAACAGUCCCAUUGCUGAGAUGCUGCAGUUCUAACGAAGCACUGAGCCAGAAAUCUGCACUGCCCCAUCUCAUUGAGAAGGCAAAUGGUCCAUGUCCCUGUCCUCUCCCUCCCUGUGGCUGUGCUACCCAGAGGGCUUUGUGCAGACACCAGCACUGAAUGCAGAGCUGGCACAGCACCUGCAUCCAGAGGGGACAGCCCAGGGGCUGGUUUAUGCUUUACUUUCCUUCUACAGCUGCUACAACAGCUUGAACUCAACCAAUUGUAUCUAUAAGGAAUGGUGAAAAUGUAAAUGAAGAGUAAUGUUGCUAGAACUAAGCUUUUGAAUCCUCCUGUGUGCUGGAAAGCAGAACUUAAAAAAAAGGUUUUCUGCAUUGGCUUUCCUAAAAGAAGAAUUGAAACUGCAGAGGGGAGGUGGGGGGAGGAUGUGUGUCAUCUGAAGCAAAGUCUGAGGAGAGAUGGAACCAUGGCUUCCCUUCACAGCCCAGGUCCAGCCUUGGCUGGUCACUCAAACCCUCCCUGUGCCAGCACGGGCUGUGCACCGUGUUAGCUGCUGUCCCCUUGCUGGUUGCAGCCACUGGUGAACAAGAACCUUGUCCAACAAAUGCAAUUUUUUGAUUGCUCAGUUCUUUAUAGACCCAGGUACCAUCUCUUCACAAGCUCUAGUUUCUCUUCAGGAAGAGGUGGAAUACAAAAAUUGACAAUGCACUGACUUGGGGGCUGGGUUGAGGGAGAGGGAGAAUUUCUCUCCCCUUAUAGAUUGUGUACAGUUAAAUAUAUAUUUCUUACAAAAGAUCAUUUCCCCUCCAGAAUAUGUCCCACAGGGACCUGGUAAGAAGUUCGAGCUAUAACCAAUUGCUGCUCUUCCCUCUUUUCCACUCUUUGGAUUUUUUUUUCUUGUUUUUUUUUCUUUUUCCUUUAUUUUGUGGUGAAUUGAAAAACAGACUAGAAGAAGCUACCAAGACUACUGUUUACAGACUGAAAAAAUACUGCUUUUAUACUACUGGGAUCAUGAGCCACGGUCCUUUUACAGAUUUCCUCAACUCUUUGCUUAAAACCAGUGUCUAAUGUAGAUAAAGGUCAAAAGUCCUACCCUGCAUUGUCUACAUAUAGGACAAGAUGUACAAUGAUGUUUGUGUUGCCCAUCUUUUUUUUGUAUUUUUUAACUGUCAAAUUGCAUUUAUAUUUUGCAGUCAUUGAUAAUCAAGACUUUAUUUUAACGGCUAGUAAUCUUAGAGGGGUGGGUUUUUUUGUUGUUGUAUCUGCAGCCUUAUCUGAACUUUCUCUUCCUUGAUUAUUCAUUGUUAAUUUAUGACUGUAGAAGAUUUGUAUGCCUCAGCCUUCUACGGAUUUAAGUGACACAACUGCAAUUGAUCUGCUUUAAACUGGAUGGGUUUAUAAUUUAUAUAAAAGUCGGUUUCGUUACAAA